AUGGCCGCUCGCAGGUGGUCUACACUCCUUUAUCGAGUUCUUUUAACACUGUCCCCAAUCAAGCAAACGGAGGAAGCGACCGGGGCCUUCUCCAAUGCCGAGGAUGUAGACCGGUUGAACGGGAGCCAGGUUGAUCUAGAUGCCUUCGGACAGUUCAUCGCAUCGGGGAGGAAGCCGAUAUCUCAACCACAUAUGACCUUGACGAACCACGUGCCCCAGACAUAUCCCUUAGACAGUUAUCUUACGACGAUCAAUGAGCUGCUCUCGCCGCCGACCCCGGAUCUGAUUCUAGGGGAGUACAAUCAGCCCUUUGAACUGCAGCGAACCUUCGAAACUCGGCUUCCGAAUCUCUCUGAAGAAAGUAAAAGUUAUCUACACUUGAAAGGAGCUCUCAGGAUAGUUCCCGUCGACCUCCGGAAUGAGUUGCUGGGGGCUUAUAUCAAAUAUGUCCAUCCUCUCCUGCCUGUCAUUGAUCUGCAAUGGUUUUUAUCAAGUGUCAUGGUCGAGGAUGAAUCCCGAUUUCCGAGCCCGCUUCUUCAUCAAGCUGUCAUGUUGGCUGGCAGUGCAUUUAUUGAGCAGGAAGCUGCCGUCAAAGCCGGGUUCUCGUCACGGAAAGCACUGCGAAGGACAUUAUUCGGGCGAGCCAAGCUUCUUUAUGAAUUCGAGACCGAACCAGACGCAUACACCCAGAUCCAAGCAUUAUUGCUUAUGAUGCAGUGGCAUGGAAGUGGAGUUGGCCACAAAAUCCCAACAUACUGGUUUGAUCUCGCGUAUUCCACAGCAGAGCGCGUCGGUCUCCUUGGGAGUCUAGAAACAGGUAGUUUUUCUCACAAGCACAGACUAUGGUGGUGUCUCUAUGUGCGCGACCGCAUUCUCUCCCUCGGUUUCCGUCGACCACUACGAAUCCCAAACAGCGAUGUCACAAUGUCCCUACUGGAAUCUACGAGAUACUAUUCCUCCGAGCCCUACCACGACCUCGUCCUAGUUAUGCUGGGAGAAGCAGCCGCCAUGCUCAACUGGGAAAACCAAGAGCGGAUGAUGCUUCUAUUCAUCCAGGAGAUUAAGCUUGCUCAUUGCGUGGGCGUCAUUAUCAAUCUUCUGUAUCAAGAUGCUUGGUCGCCGUCGCCGUCGGGGGACUAUAAAUACGCCAUGGUACCCAAGUCGAAUGUGCCACAGGCUGCUAUAACUGAAUGCGAACAGCUUCUGAAGACCUGGAUUGAGGACCUUCCUGCCCCGGCCCAUUAUUUCUCCCCGUCACUUCUGCACGGUUGCCAUACCGAGUCUCCGGAGAUUGUCCUCCUCGUUCACCAAGCGUUCCUCUAUCUCCUCCAUCUCACUACAAUAUGUCUCAGCCAGAAACUCAAGUGUGACGGCGCACAUCCAUGUGUGCUUUGCACUCGCGCCGGGGAUAAAUGCGAGACAUCCCAGCGCAGAGUGAGACGGACCCGCGGACAAAAUCCAAGGGGCAGACGUCGACAUAUGAAUUCUGGAGUACACAGAGCAAUCGCACCAGCGCCACCCAAAGAUUCUAACUCGAUCCAUGGUGCUGGAGUAGCUGAAAUAGCUUCUGCCCCAGAGAGCUCAACCUCCUGUCCGGAACGCCUUUCGAAAGAGCUGCCUCCUGGUGCUAAUGCCUCCUAUCCGGAACGCUCUCCGGAAGAGCUGCAGUCUGGUGCUAAUGGUUUCGCGAUUGACUUCGCCAGACAAGUCUUUAACGAGGAAGAGGCUGGCCGGACUCUGACCGGUGCAUCGAUCCCUAUCCCUGAUGAUACGGAAGCUCCUACGUUGGACAACUCAUUAUGGCAUCAUCCGACAGAGGUAGAGCUUCCCCCGGAGGCCGUGAUAUUAGCCUUGGUUGACGUCUAUUUCGACCGUAUGCAAUGGUUUAUCUUGCUGCUUCACGAGCCCUCGUUCCGGCAGACUGCACGCAGGAUAACUUCCCAGACUGUUUGGAGACGCCAAGAUCUCAGUACUACCAUGCUUGUCCUGGCAGUGGCUAUGAUUGGGCUGCAUUCGGUCUUACCAGAUGAUAGAUGGCCUGGGCACGAAUUGUUGCGAGAAUACUCCGUUGAUGGGGAGAAGUUGAUGCACUAUUUGAACAAUGAGAUACAACGGAAUCUACUUGAUAUCUCAAUCGAUUGUCGAAUCGAAGCUGUCCAGGUUUGCCUCCUGGUUUCCUCCUAUUAUAUUUACCAUAGAUCGCCGAGUCUUGCUUGGACUGUCUCUGGUAUGGGUGUGAGGUCUGCCAAUGCCCUUCAUCUUUAUACAAAAUCAGUCCAAUAUGAAAGUCCAGUUGUGGAUGAAAUUCGCUCUCGUUGUUGGAAUCAUGCUAUUUCCAGCGACACGUUUGCGUCUGUCGUCUAUGGGCGACCUUGCUCUAUCGACACUGAGCUUGUCGCUUUGCAUUCGCCUAGAGAAAUGGACGACCUAGCCAUUGAUCCACUUCUGCUGGAAAACGAAUGGAUAUUUGGCGAUGGGAUGCCAAAAACGACAGCUGGAUUUUUCGCUAUGAAAUAUGAGAUCUACAACAUCAUUCGAGACAUACUUUCACGGUUUCGUCGUCUUCAAUUGAGAAAAGAGACAAUAGAAGAGGACCUUCUGGCAAUUGUGGAAGCUGCACAAGACUCAGAGGAACAAUUAGUUUCCUGGCGGAAAAGGGUUCCUCGGCUAUUCGAUUUCGAGUUUUGGAGCUGUGACAAUCGCUUAGAGCAGUUCCAACGGCAAAUCGAAAUGUUACCGCAACGCACUAAAUAUCAAGCAGAAACAAUCAUCUUACAGGCGGCAAUACUCCAACUAACAUACGAUGGAGCUCUGAUACAAGCCCAUCGACCUUUACUUGAGCAGAAAAUCACUAGUUCUUGCUCGCGCUUGGUGGUAGACGCAAUCCACGAGUCGUUCCGGGUGGCCACUGCAGCUGCGCUACGAAUAUCUCACAUUCCGGUCCUCCGUUUCAAGCAUCAUUUCGCCGAAUCCUUCGCCUCCCUACAGCAAUUUACUGCAGGAGUGAUCCUUUGCAUCCUGCCAACCUGUCAACCUUUUACUUCAGCUGCACACGAGGCCAAGGCUGGAAUCAUACGUAUUAUCCAUGCUAGCUCAGCUUUCGGGCCCCGCAAUCGCAUUGCCAAGCAGACCGUACAGCUUCUGACAGAGUUGCUGAAAGUAACUGUCGAUCGAGAGAUGUCCAGCGCCUUGAGACGCGGGGUGGAAACAAUUAUUCCCAGGCGUAUAUCUGAGAGGGGUUCCAUUCUGAAUGCGCAGCCGCGUAUAGACCAUACAAGGAGUGAUUCACUAUCCUCGCGAGAUACCUCCCUCGAUCAGUCUUCAACGUCAACAAGUCACGCACUGCCCCAGGCAAUACACGACCAUAGUAGGGUAAACGACCGAAUAGCCCAAGCACCCGUCAAACCGCCUGAAUACCCGUCUGCCAAUAUCUUCGAACAACUUGACGAUACAUUCGCUGCCUUUGGUGAGCGCAUGUUCAACUUGAUAUCUGAUGAUCAAAGUAGUGCUUGGAAUUGGGGCCGUACGGUCCCAUAA